AUGGAAGUAGAUCCAGGUAUGUUUCUCUGAAAAAAAUUAUUAUCCAGAAAGAAAUUUUUCAGAACCAGAAACUUUUAUUUCUUCUCAACUCCAUCAAAACUGGGGAAAAAAAUCGUCAGCCUUUUUGAGCGAAGAAGCUCUGGAAAAAAAUACUUGAUAAUAUUUAGAAAGAUGCUGUUUAACCGUCUUCCUCAGAAAGCGGCCGUAGAAAUGGUAAUUUGGAAUUUUUUUUUAAUAUUUUUACAUGUCUUUAGAUUUCAGGCUUGCACCCGGACCUUGACGAUAUUCAUAGUUUAUUCUUCUGGCAGUUAACGGAAAUUUGUGAGACGGUAAUGGGAAUUGAAAUACUUAUUUAUAGAAACUUAUUUUAGAAGUUCAUCGACAAUUUGAACAAGAUUUUGGAUCGGGAGUCUGCUCUCAAAAUCUUUUUCCAUUUGAAAUCCCUUCAAUAUGAUUUGGAAUUUCCUGAUUCUCAAGAGAUAUACGAAACAAUGGAAAGCUUUAUCAAUGUGAGAAGAUGUCAAUUGGUUUUAAUUAUGGGAUUUUUUAAGAUGGCGAUAAAAGAUUUGAUAGAAGGAGGCUUGAGAAUGCAUCAUUUGGAUCCGUAUGACGUUACCAGGUAUAUUUAGGUUUUAAAUUUAUCCAAAGUGGUUUUUUAGACCGGAAAAAACGAUUCUGACGAGCAGAGACCUGUUCGACUCGUUUAUUGUGAGUGAUUCUUUGAAUUUUGCUAAUUUUAAAAUUUAAUUUUCAGCUUAAUGAUCGUCCGGAACUGGAGGGCAAUAACGAUAGGCCUGCGAUGCUUUUUAAGAAAAGGGUAUGAAACUUUGUUUUUCCACUUAAAAACCUAAUUUUUUCAUCGUAGCUGCUCAAAAAUUUGCUGAAAACCACCGAUUUGAAGUCGAAAAACAAGGCUUUUCGUGAAGAAUGCGAGAAAAUCGCCAAUUUUUCCUGA